AUGCGAGCGUUUGCGAUAGUGACAAGGAAGCGACAGGUGGCGGCAGCAAUGCCUCUGAUGAAGGAGGCGGAGGAGAUGAAGCAGUUGGGGUUCGCGGCUGCGCAUGACCAACGACGUCUGUUGAGGUGGGUGCUGCGAGCCUGGGUCCGUCGGGCCCGCGGACUUCGCUUAGCUCUCCACCAGCAGCGGGUCGUCACUGCCCACACCCAGCGAGCUAUCCUCCAACGAGCUUUACGCGCUUGGCUCGAUUUUUGCGCUUGCCGAACAUCCAUUAACAUUGCAGCUGCGCACUUUGAGGCGACAAGAGACACGAGGUUGUGUCAAGCUGUCCUUCGGCAAUGGCGAUCGGUGGUGGGUAGGCGGAAGAGAAUGUAUGAGUGCUACUACAGCGUCUGCGCGCUGCACCAGAAGCACCUGAUGGGCCGGGUGCUGAGUCGUUGGGGCCACCACGCUCACGUCAAGGCUACUGCCACGAGGAUCGCUGAGGCAAUGAUUCGACGUGGUCACAAACGCCUCCUUCGCAAGGUUACUAAGUCUGUUCUCGUCUACUUGCUAUUCCUUUUUGUUUCCUUCAUGAAAUAA